GAAUGGUUUUUAUUCCAUUUCGUGGUUUUAAGGGCUUAUGGCCUUGCCGAGAUUUUUCGUGCGGCAUUUCACUCUGGGCGGACGUGGGCGUUUCGCGUUGCCACUGAACACUCGACCCAUUGCUGAGGAUUUUCAAAAGGGUCGCUCUACAUGGCCUUGGGGGAGCUACAGCGUUGUUGGAGAUCGCGUUCCAGUGGCUCCGAUUGGUUUAAGCUGCGAUCGGAUCCUACAUUGCGUAUCGGAGAGCGACGAGGUAUCAGUGGUCAGUGUCACAGCGACCAGUGUUGUCCGAGAAGCCCAGCGUCGCUUUUCCACUUCCCGAGCGGCAACUGUGAUUCUCGGACAAACUUUGAUGGCAACACUUCUUCUCCACGCCAUUGAAGCCGCUGCCGAGAAUAUAAAGAUCACGAUUGCUGGAAGCGGUGGACCACUUGGAGGAAUCACAGCAAUCGGCUCAAACACCGGGCUUGUCAAAGGCUAUGUGGAUUUCCCAAGGAGUGAUUUUCCAUGCCUUCCAAAUGGCUUGCUUGAUGCGCGUGGAACUCUUGGCGAGCGUGGCAACUUAACAGUCACGCUCCACAAUUCUUCGUGGAAGAGACUUAAAGUGAGGCCUGUGCAACUCUCUCGAGGAAAUAUAUCAAAAGGAGUCGAGACUUAUCUUGCAGAAGCUCGGAAGCUUCAUUCCUUUGCUUCGUUUGGUGUUUUCCUUGACAAGCAAGGAACCAUCACUUGUGCUCGAGGCUACGUUUACCAGGCUCUGCCCAGUGUUUCCAAAAUGACGCUCGACCGGAUGGCGAAAAACACGCGAGAUCUUCCUAAGUGGAACAUAAACGCUGACGAGAUUUGCGAGCUCCUGUUCCAAGGAAUUGGCCGUGGCGAGACCAUCCGCACGAUAAAUCCUAGAUUCGGUCCUUGCGGCCUAGAGAUGAAACAGCGCAUACUGGAGAACGAGAUCUCUAGCAAGGGAUUCUGGCAGAUUCGACAGGCACUCAAGUCAAAAGGCUACAUUGAGGCAUUUUGUGACGCUUGCGGUGAAGAAUACCGAUUUACAGAGGAUGAAUUGGGAGAGCUGAUUGGUAAAAGCAUCAGCGACAGUGAAGAAGAAGAGUGAAUCAUACAAAGUUCAGCUUGUCAAUACGUUUUCUUCCAGAUCUUUCUGUAAAGAAUAUGCUUUGGGAAAGAGCAUCAAAGUCAUAAUCGAGUGGGAAAAAACCAGCGCUGAAAGCACCCAGGGCCUAACACUCCAGCGACGGAAUACGAAUAAAAUUUUCCUUUUAUAAA